AUGCAUUUUACAAAAUGUCUGCUGCAAGAGCAACGAUGUCUGAUAUCUCGACCAUAUGUAAGAUAUCUAUCAUCGCAUUUGCAUUGUUUUUUGGUGUUUCCGGUUCUGGAGUGCUGGUUUGUUCAGGAGAAACCGGGUCAUGUAGGGGGUUUCUCAGUGCCCACGAGUCAAGAGAAAUCUCUAAUGUUCAUCAGAACUGAAGCGUUCAGUGAAGAGAGCAGGUCUGAACUUCAUCCUCCUGCAGACAUCAGUCCAUCCAGGAUUUACUAUGUGACCGAUCCAGCUGGCUCGUUCUGCAGUGCUGCUCUGAAUCCACCCAAAGGCUCUGUGAACAAACCCAAGUGUGAGAUUAACCCUUUCAUGCCUCACGCCUCCAUGGUCAGAUGGGCGUCUGCUCUCACUGACUCCGCCCAGAGUCCAGUCUACCUGCAAGCUGAUUGGUUCUCAGUGGCAGCACAAGGACUUGACGAGCAGCUCACGCUGUCCAAUGUAAUGAGAGCACCUUCAGCUUCUAAAGAGCCGAAAGUCAUUCUGAGUGUGUCCAGUAAAACUCCUGUGGUCCGCUCUAGACUGGGAGAAGCGUUUCUGUUGGACUGUGGGUUCUGGGUCGAUCUGUCUUCUCCGGUUCACGGCUCUGGAUUCUCUAUCGAGUGGCACUAUCAGUUCCGGGGUGAAGGAUGGCUGGUCCUCGCUUACGACGGCAAGAACGAUCAGUUUGCAGAGACAUCAGAGACCGGAGCCGAUAUUGACAUCCCAGGCCUCUAUGAGACAGGAAACGCAUCACUGAUUCUGGAAGAAGCUCAAGUGAGACACUCAGGAACUUACAUCUGCACGGUC